CCCCUUUUGGGUCGUUCUGUUCUGCAGCUGCGGUUCCUCUCUGCUCGGCUCCAUGCUCGUCCUCCUGCCACACCAUCACAUCUGUGAACCGCAGAACCGAGAAGAGCCGCGGAGUGCAGAUGUCUGCGGGGACAUUUGGUCUCUUUGAGAAGGACAAAGAGAAAGAAAAAACACCCUAAUGCUCCUGCUCUCAAUGGAAACCUUUCUGGAUCCUUUCAACAAGACCUUGGGGUUAUGUAUAUGAAUACAGCUCACUGAGACGCUGACUGGCCUACUGGCGACUUCUUUGCAUGACUACAACAACAGGAUUGCCUAAUACGUUUGGCUGCCAUGAUGCUUGGGUUACAGGGAAGUACUUCGUCCCCCAAAGUGUAUCGCUGUGUGGCAUGUUCAGCCACCUUCACUGGACUGGCCUCUUUGCUCGUUCAUCAGGCAACCCAUGCCGGUGCACUCUCCAAGGUCACUGCCGCUUCACAGCCUAACAUCAGCCCACGUGAAACACUGUUCUCAAGUAUGGACUCAUCUAGUGAGCACCCCAGUCCACCGACACACUUACCUGAGAGCCAGUCUCCCUCUUUUUUUAUUUGUGAUUGUGGAGAGGAGUUUCAGGACUUUGGUCUUAUGCUGCAGCAUAAGCAAUCACAUAUCUCUCAGCCACAGCUUCUGCAACCUCUGGAUAGUAAUAGUGUUCUCUCUAGUGGAACAGGGUGUGAUAAAGUCGUUCCUUCCCAUCAUGCAUCAUUCGUUCCAACUGUAGCUCAGCCAGCUUUGGUCUUUAGUUGCCCCUCCGUCUCAAGUUUCCCUGCUGUCGAACUACCCACAUUAACAGACCAUAAAGCAGAUGUAAGCCUGGAGGGUGGCAUCUCCAUAGUAACCACUCCUCAAGGCCAGUCUGCACCACUUCAACAUCACAGUGAGAAACGACUUGAAACCAUGUCAGCCACAGCAGAGAAAAUACCAGAGACUGUCGACGACAUUUGUUUGCAGGACAAAACAAAUUCUGUUCCCAGCAGUGAAAAGGGUGAAAAUUUGCCCAAAAAUAACUCUCUAAUGAAGUUGCUGGCAUCAGCAUACAUGAAGCGAUUUCAAAAUCCUCUUUCACAGAAUCAUAACGAUAACACUGUCACCCCCAAACAAGAAGUUGUCCCUGUUGAUAUAACACCAGUUGCAAAAACUGAGGUGUCCCCGAUAAACGAUCUCUCAAUUGCACAGUUGAGGCGGCUGCUUGCAAAACCUGGUAUAAAGACAAAAGCUCCAUCCAUCAGCAGAAUUCUUGAGUCCAGUAAAAAAAAGGUUGUCUCUCUGACAAAGACUUUCUCACCUGUUGUGGUUCUUGAAACCCGUCAAAAGCUCAUGGCUCCUGGCAGUAAUGGCACAAAUGGGAGAUAUCAAUGUGGCCGCUGUCGAAGGAUCUUUCAAAAUUUGGACAAAUUGACAGAGCAUCAUUUCUUGCACAAAAAGGAGAGGAUUCAAUGUUGCCGUCGCUGCAAACAGCUUAUCAUUGGGCGGCUUCCUUUACCUGACAAUCACGUGUGCCCUCAGUUAGGAAACAAAACCGUACAGCCAUCAAGCUCUGUUAAAAAAAAGUCACCUUUGCCUCAGAAAAUAGUGCCAUUCCACAAUCUAAACAAUUCAAAAAAAGUCUUCUUUUGUCCGUUGUGCAAGCACAGCUAUGCACGCAGGUGGAACCUCAAAAUGCACAAGUGUCAGGGCCCAGGGUCAGCCCCUUCUCCACAGGCCAAUCCCUCCAUUCAGAAAAUGCCAGUUUUGAGAUCAAACAGUGAACCCACAACAGAUGCAGGGGUUAAAGCUGGAUCUCAACUCAACAAGAGUAUUGCCAUUGGCACUGAAGCUACUGGUCAUAUCAAGGUAGAGGUCAACUCUCCAGAUUCACAGCAGUCUGCAGCUUCACAGUUGGCCUGGACUCAUCCAGCAAAAAGCUUCUCACCAUUCUGCUCCAAAUCUUCCAUGAACGAGGAGCAAAGAGAUGCCUCUCUGUCUGGAAUUUCGCUCCAGCUAGGACAAGAAAACAGUAGCUGGGAUUCAGAAGCAGCAGCAGUUGAUGAUCAAGACAGUGAUGAAGGGGAGUGGACAAUGCCCUUGGAUGAUGAACUUGAGGUGCUUGGCUCUACAAAGAAAGCUGGUAAUGACACACAGGUGAGGAAGUCUGCAGAGACGGUGAACCCCAGCCUGCGCUAUUUUGUCAGCGGUGGUGUGAAACGUUACCCCUGUAACAGGUGUCAGAAAACCUACAGUCGCCCAUCUACUCUGAGGCGCCAUCUACGGCUGUGCGGAUUUAGGCCACGUGGACCCGUAGCACAGAGUGGUCAUCAGGGUUCCACUCCAGUUACUGCCAACAAUAUGAAACCAAUGUUUGCGUGUUUUGUCUGCGGUAAGAACUUUAACCGCAAAGAUAACAUGAUGGUUCACAGAAAGAAAUGUCAGUUGCAACGAACGAUAAAAGAUGGUGGACAGGUGGAUGGAAGGACUGUGCAGCAGGCUAUGCCGGGCAUUGCAACAGAAUGUCAAACCAAGGAGGAUGAUGGAGGAAACUGGGGCAUCAUGUCACUCCCCUCAGUACUUCCAAGGAGGGUGACGUGUGAGUGUGGGGUUGGAUUUACAUCCCCAAGGCUUCUUCUGGAGCAUCUGCAGAAGCAUGCACAGGAAUCCUACACAUGUCCAACUUGUGGAGAGACUGUUAAUUCCUGGGCAGACUAUGAAGUUCAUCUGCAGAUCCACAUGCAUCCUCAUCACCAGCUGCUGAAGGGACUUCAACCACAAAGAUCACAACCUCUGCUACUUAGAUUUCAGCAACAGCCACCUCAGCAGCAGCAGCCAUCUCAGUCAGUGCAUCAGCCUCUGCAGAAGCAGCCACGCACAGAGCAGGUUCCAAAUCCAACAAAGAAGCAGCAGCGGAUUGUUUGCUCACGAUGUGGCAACACUUUCUCCACUCGCUGCUCCCUUCGCAGGCACUUGUCCUGGAACCGAUGCAAAGGUGUGCGGGCUACAAAUCCCACAAACCCACCCAGAACCUACCACUGUUCCAACUGCAACUCUGACUUCCCCAACACAAUCAGUCUUAUGUUUCACCAGAGGAGUGGGGCUUGCAAGCCCGCCAUCAAGCCUGUGCGCUGCCCUGUUUGUCUUCGCUGGUUUGGCACUGUGGACGGAUUACAGAAACACCUGCUCACUCACAAACAGUCUGAAUCAUAUCGCUGUGAUGUCUGUCAGGGUACAUACCCAAGUCUGAAAUCACUUAAAAACCACCGCAGGAGGAUUCAUCGCAUCAUGGCUGGAGACACAAAGCCAAAAACACAAGAACAGCUGACUUCUUAAUCACACAAAAAAAAGGCUAACAUGGGAGUGGUGCACACAAAAACAGAUCACAUUUUUAUUAUAGCUUGUUUUUUUUCCAUAUGUGCCAAUGUGUUUUACUUAAGGUGUUUUUGUGACACUGUACAGCCACCAGAUGAGUGUAUUUUUUAUUUAUUGUGGGUGUGUUAUUGUAGCUUGCCAAUGUUAAAAAAAAAAAAAAGCUUUGGUAUACUGUACAAUAUUUUUUUUCUAUCAAGUUAAUCCCCUUUUAUGAUAUAGCUUCAUUAGACUGUAAAUGUUUCUUAACAUUUGGUAAUCAAACUUUUUAUCACAGAGUAUGUGAUGUAGCUGCUUGUUGUUCCUGGUGUUAAUAAACUUACCAGUUGUAAAACAUGUUGGUUAUGUCUUUUCGUGUGUUAUGGGACCACAUAGUUCUUGUAAGACAGACAUUUUCAUUGAAUAAAAAGGUCUCAUCCAAAAGAAACUUGUGUACUUUAUAAAUAACUUGUUUUAAUAAAAGUCCUAGCUGAAAGGACCAGGGAGUCAAAUGUGUACAUGAUUUUUGCUAAAUGCAGAUGCAGCAUGCAAGAAUCCAUGGGGAAAUCUGAAAACUACAC